CAUCUUGAAGUUCACUUGAGCUUGGAGUCCAAGAUGGCCGCGAUGACAGAUAUAUCGAACUGUUAACCGAAUAUGGGAUACGCCUAAAUUUUCAGUUUACACCGACACAUCUCUUAGACAUUAUAAUACAAUGAAUAUAAUAAAUACGUGCAGUGAUAUGAAAGGUGGAGGAUGCACGAAGAACAAAUGACUUUUACGGACGUGCAGUUUGUCUUAACUCAUACGUAUGCUACGUUCUGUGUUCAGUCUGCUUUUUCACAACGAGUAAUUUGUUCAUUUGCAACAAGAACUCGUUACAAGGAGAACGACUAGAGAUUUCACACUAACUGCCCACAUAUAAGGUUGUGAUAUUUAUGUGUUAAAAUAUUCAAGCUACUGUUAGAAUAAAAAAUAUGGAGGCAAUUGUAGAAUAUAACUAUGAAGCACAAGAACCUGAUGAAUUAACUUUAAAGAAAGGAGACGUUAUUACUGAAAUUAAAGUGAUGUUAGGUGGUUGGUGGGAAGGAACUUUAAGAGAUAAGCGGGGCAUGUUUCCUGAUAAUUUUGUCAAGGUAUUGGAACCUUUAUCAAGUGGAACGGUUGGAAGUACAGGAAGUGGUGGAAGCGAAGGAGCUGGUAGUGCUAAAUCUGAAGAUGUCUCCUUAAAAAACGGCGGAUCUAAAAGACGAUUUUGUAAAGUGCUUUUUAAUUAUGAACCAUGUAAUAAAGAUGAACUAACUUUAGUACCCCAAGAUUCUAUAGAAUUUUUGGGCGAAGUAGAAGAGGGAUGGUGGAGAGGUAGACUUAAAGGCAGAGUUGGUGUUUUUCCAUCAAAUUUUGUUUCUCCUCCAGUUUAUGAAGAAUCUGAUAAACACAAAGAUCAAGAGAGCAGAAGGUUGUGUAAAGUACUUUUUCCUUAUGAAGCUGCUAAUAUAGAUGAAUUGACAUUAAACGAAGGAGAUAUAAUAACUCUUCUAUCUACAAAUGCUUCUGAUAAGGGAUGGUGGAUAGGAGAAUUAAAUGGCCAAGUAGGCUUAUUUCCUGAUAAUUUUGUUGAAGUAAUAAAUGUUCCAUCCGAUCAUCAAGAUCAUGAACAAAAACUUAAGGCAUCUAUGAAGUCCAUUACAAAACAUUCUCAUCAAAUAAAAAAGAAUGGAAAAGUGCACACUAGAAAAAGUUUGGAUGUAAAAGAUCUACAUGCAGAUGUAACUAAGAAAACCAUAUCAACAGGAGCAUCUACGACAUCAACUUCUCCAGGAAUUGGAGGAAGUGGUGGAGAAAGGAAAAAUAUAAGUGGACAUUCAAUUACCUCGAAUUUAAAACGUCUUGUAGCUGAUGUUGGAACUAAUAAUGGUAAUGGAAAUACAAAUAUAGCUCUGGGUGAAGAAUUAGAUGGCGUAGAACGAGGAGAAGGUGCACCGCUUUCGCAUUUAACAGCUUCUCGAGCUAAAGCACCCCAUCGACGUCCACCUUCUUCACAACGUUUGAGACGCCACGUUACUGGACCACCAAUUACCACAACCACUACGACACCUGAAGAUAACUUAGCAAACGGUAAUGCAGACAUUAUAUUAGAACAAUUACGGGAAGAAGAACCUGAAGGAUUGGCUGCAAAAGCAAGAAGAAAAGCACCUUGGGUAGAGGAAUUAAAAUUGAAUCAAUUGGAAAGGAGAAAGAUUGUGUCGGUGGAUCGUAUUGAUAAAUCCGAAGAAAAAAAAGAACGCCCCAGUUCACGAGUAUUAACAACGACAAAUGUUGCUGAUUGUAUUAAUAAAUUAGAAGGGGAAAGUGAAGAAAGUAGACUGAAGGAUAAAAGUCAAAGCCAGAAAUGUGACACAUCUUCACAUAUUGAACAAAUUUCAUCUACUCCUGGAACUCCUCCUGCUUAUGUCCCAUUUGCACUUUACAAUCAACUACUAGAAAGGGUUGUUGCUUUAGAAGAAAAGCAAGCAAUGUUACAACAAACAAUGGGACAAAUUUUGGAACAAUUUGUACCUCCUGUCUCUUCAAUCAACAGCCCUGAUUAAUCAACACAAAUUCUACAAAUUUAUAUCAAGAACAAUUUCAUCUAGUAGAAGAAUUUGUAUAAUUAUGCCAUAAGUAAAAAGUUUUCUCUGAAAAUGUUUGCAUGUAAAUAAGAAAUUGCAAAAUAUUUACAUGGAUUAUUACAUGAACAUUAUAAUUAUCAGUGUGUUACAAUUCAUUGAAGAAUUUUAGAUUAUGCUUAUAAUGCAAUAGACCCUAUCUGAAAAUUUCUUUCAUGUAGCGUCUAUCUCAUAACUUCAAUACAAAAGCACAAACUUGUUGCAUAAUAGGAUUCAAAACAUUGUUUUCAUGUACGUAUUUCUUAAUAAAUUGAGCUAACGUCUUACAUUGAUCAUAUUUAAAUAAAAUUGUUGUCAUAUGUUUCUCUGCAAUAUCUAUUACUGUACAUAAGGAGAUAAUGUAUAUUUUUAUGUAUUAUAUGGAUAUUGUGUUAAAUAUGUUUGAUUUUUCACCCAUUAGUCGAACAAGUGAAGUAAAUGAAUACAAUGCAAAAUAAAUAACAUUGAAUUGGUA